AGAUGAACAGUUCUAUGCCAUUACCUCCAUAUGUGCGGUAUCCACCUUAAAAAAAAGGGUAAUCGAUCAAAUUUAAGAAAGCGCAUACCGGAACGGAAUCCACCAAAUGAAACUGAUGAUGAGAGUGCGAACAAUGCCCCGAAUGUUCGUAGCAUCUUAGAAAAUGCCAAAAGAAAAAGAACUAGAUUAUCUGCUCCCGGAGUCAAUGCUUCAAAUUUAGUAGAAGGAAGGAAAAAAGAAAUAAAAGAUUCAUCUGAAGAAUUAAAUUUUGAAGUACCUGCAAAUGAGGAUCCGGUUCAGGAUUCUGUCUUUAAAGAUGCCAGGCUGCCUACUGUUGAGGAUCGCUUUGCGAAACCUACGAAUGAAAUAGAUGUCAAUUUACAUUUAGUAUCUUACAUUGAAUCAAAGAUGAAUCAAGACAGACAAGGUUCACAUCAUUACGAAAAGAAUGAGAAGAUCAGUAACGAGGUUAUACCCAAAAAUGAUACAAGUCAUGAAGACUCAUCAUCGAUUGUCUUGGGUUUAACUAAUGAAAGAAAGAAAAACCCUGCUGCUUUGGGUGCUAUCCAGGAAGUGGAUGUUGGAAUUACGAGCACGAAUUUAGAAUCUUCAAGGGCUUCAAAAUCCAAACAAAAACGAAAAGGAACAAGUAAAGCAAAUACAGCACCUAGGCGGUCUUCAGAGGACUUAGCCAGAGAUCGUUUGAUAGAAGACAUGUUAAAAUCAUCAGCGCAUUCUACUGAUUUGGAAGAAGGAUUAUAUCGGCGUUUUAGGUAAAGCGAUAAUCAUUAGGUUAAAGCUCUUGCUUACAAGUUUUCUGAAGGGGUCAUUGAUUAUUCUAAACAAUUAUUCUAAACAAUAUAUAUUCUAAUUUUUAUUUUGGGCGAAUAAACAUAUAGUUAUUGAGUGGGGUCAUCAAUCCUUUUUAUUCGUUUGAGCUCUGAUCUGCAGCAGAAGGUGGAGGGGGAAGUGUAUUAGACGCAUUUGCAUCCAUCACAGGAUUAUGAACUUUAUGAUCUAACUGUUUACUGAGCAAUUCCUCUUCUUCAAGGUAGCUUUGAAUUGCGGAAUCCUGAAUAGCAUUGCGGCCGUGCUUUUUAUGUCUCUGAUAAUGAGGAAUAGGUAUUUCGCCUUCUAAAUUAGCUUUUGGAGAGGGAUCAUUUUGCAAAGUGGGAGGAGAAGGAAAGGCAUUCGCCGUCUCUUCACUGUGUGUCACAGUCUCAGGGUAAUCCGCUGGUUGUAAUAAAGGAUUAGAAAAGGCUACAUCGCCUGGUUGAGGAGGAGGUCCUGAAAGAGAAGCCGGCAAACGAUGCAAAGCACCAUGCCCAACACCACAGCCAAUAGCGCCAUCUCCGCCCCAAUUUCUAUUCGGUACAAUAGUAAUUUGACGAGUGGUGUCUUGAUAUUGAUUAUAAAUGUAUAGACGUAGCGGUCGAUUAAGAUGCUAGAUAAGUUAGAUUUACAAUGUAGUAAAGCGGCUUACCGUCUCAAUCAAAUCAGCUAACGCUUUUUCGCCCAUCAUCAUUCCUUCGGGAGUGCCCACUAUAUAAUCUUGAUAAGGAAUGACUUUGGCUUGCGCAAUAGGAGAAUUCUCAAUCACAUUAAGUAUGUGCCAUACAGCAUCUACUGCUAAAUGAAUGGAUGCCCAUUGCAGUGUCAUUCCUAAUUUAUCUACUAGUGUUAGUAUUUGGGUCUUGAUAUUGACUAGCAAUUGUCGAUUUUGAUGUCUACAUGAAAAUAUGACUUACCAUCGUCAACAUUUGAAACAUCAAUUUGAACCUUUCUAGUUAUUUGUCCUUUCAGUGAGAAGACUUCAAGGGUUGCUUCAGGAGAAGAAUCCCGUAAUAAAGAACAAAACAUAAGUGGAUCCCCAUUCUAACUGUUAGUCACUGCGAGAAUCAGCCUCUUACCAGUAAUAUCCCAUUAAUAGCUGUGAUAAAGUCAUAAUAUGACUCAAUUCCUGCAUCAGCAGCUUUGGAGUUGUCCUGGAUUUUUAAGACUCGAAACCCAUAGUUUUCUGAGGAAUCAAGAUGAAUUCCUGUUAAUGUUUCAGAUGUUUCUUUUAAAAAGCUCUUUAAACCACCAAACAUUUUUUAUUUUUUUCGGUGAACAAGUAUAUUUACUUGGCAAAGAAAGUGCUUGCUUGGUUAGGUUUACACCAUGCUGAUGCAUGACUUGAACACAAAAACAAAUCUACAAUAGAAAGAGUCUGUAAAGACGUAGUAAAUGAUGAAAAUUACAAAAAAAAACUUUAAUUAUAGCUCUACAGAUAUAUGUAUGUAUGCAUAAAAUAUUGUUGACUUUGGAAACCG